AUGGCCAGCACGAUAAGCGUUGUUUUGAUUCUCCUUUGGACAAUCAGCUUGGUUCAGCCACACGUACCUCAGCCUGCAGGAGUUCAGGUUUUCCCACCUGUUAACUUCACCCUUACAGUCUCUGCGUUAGCACGAGUGCUUUUACACUGGAAACCAAACCCUAACCAAGAACAAAAAAACUACACUAUUAGAUAUGAUGUGAAAAUCCUAAGCCCUGUGCCUAAGGAGUAUGAUACAAAGAAGACUUACAGUAUCCAAACAGUUGCACUUCAUGAUGGUUUCUCCGCCCACAUUCGGACGUUACUUCUCCACAAUGACCUUGAGAUGAGAAGCGCCUGGGUGAAGGCGAAACUCCCGCCUCCGCCAGGCGCUCCAGAGACAUCUGUCACGAAUCUGUCCUGUGUUACUCACAUCACCCUUUCUAGCACUGUUGCCCUCCGUUGCACUUGGCUUCCUGGCCCAGGGGCACCCAAAGACACCAAGUACUUUCUCUUUUACAGGUAUGAGACGUCCACGGAAGAGUGUCAAGAUUACAGCAAAGACGAGUGGAACAGGAAUACUGAGUGCAGUUUUGCCACGACUCAGAUUGAUCCUGAAGGGAUUGACAAUGACAUUGUAAUCCACGUUAAUGGCUCUAGCAAGUAUGCUGCAAUCAAGCCUUUUCAGCAGUUAUUUAACCAAAACGCCAUCGAGAAAGUGAAUGUUCCCAGAAAUGUCACUGUAUUCCUAGAGCAAAAUGAUCUCCUGGCCACAUGGGAGAAGCCGAUGUCUCUGUUCCGUAAAGAAUGUUUUGAAUAUGAGUUUUACCUCUUCAACCUGAAGUCACGUAACAAGCAGAUACUGAAAAUAUCCUCCAAUGAGUUCAGAUUACAGAUUGAUGUUACCAGCAGGUAUUCCAUACAGAUCAGAGCUAAUCAUCACAUCUGUUGCACGAGAGGAUUUUGGAGCGACUGGACUGAGAGUAUUUACGUUGGGCCAAAAAAGCUGGAGAAUCCCAUAGCCUGGAUUCUCACGGUGCUUUGUGUGUUCACGUGCUGCACGUUCCUGCUUGUUGCUAUGAUAUGCAAAAUAAACCAUGUAUGGAGUAAAUUGUUUCCACCAGUUCCAACACCCAGCAACAAAUUCAGAGAUCCUUUCCCAAAUGAAUACGAGAGAGCACGUACCUGCACCAGCGAGACGGAGACCGAGUUCGGCAGCUUCACAGAAGAUCUCACCUGCAGCGUCCUCGAUGACUCCGUCUUCUGA